AUGAAGAACAGGAGGCAGACGUUCAACGUUAUUCGGUUGCAGAGGCUUUUCUGGCUGUUUGUGGCACUAUGGCAUGCUGAGCAACAAUAUGUAUACUCGUCAGAGGCACCCAGCCAGGCUGUCCAAGAGGCAUCAGUACUGAAUCUUCAGACCGAAGUCCAGAACUUUCCAGUGGAUAGACAUAAUGCAGGGCGUGUUGCCCAGCAGGGAGUAAUAGGCACCCAGCCACAAGCGCCGGCUGCCUCAAAGAAACGACUCCUUUUAAUUGCUGUGGCUGCCCUUUUCGUAAUCCUACUUAGGGUGAUUUUAGCUCGUAUUGAGAAAGAACGCAAGAGGAAGGCAGAGGAAAAACUGCAGGUCCCCACAGAAGAAUUCCUACAUGGGGGGGAAUCAGGAGAUCUACCUGCUCCAGCAGAGGAGCAUUUGCCGACAGGUGGAGUUUCGCCAGCAGAGGAACGUCCGGGGGAUAUACCUGUGCAAACUCCGGAAAGCAAACAGAAAGACGAAUCCCCCACAGAGGCACCAGCAGAAACAUCUGGUGGUCGUGGAGAGCCGGACGAUGAGCCUAUACGAAGACCAAUUUUGCGUGGGCGGCCUACUGGAAAGGAAGUUCGGAAGGAUACGCAGACGCUCGAGCCGCCUGCCAUUUCUGAGGUGCCACCAGGUACUGAAAAGCAAGCGGAAAAGGAACCAGAAGCCGUUUCACAACCGCCUUUACCUCCGCCUGCACCGCCUAGUACACAGCCAACCUCACCGGAAGUUCCAGCACCUCCGCCACCAGCUUCAACUCCUGUUGCACCGGAAGUGGGGCAUCUGCAACCGUCAGCCCCAGCCCCUCAAGGACCUGUCAGUGUGCCCACUCCCGAAAUCCCGGGACAUGGUGCUGUCGUGGCAGGGGGGGAGGAGGAGCUGCACGACUUGACGGCUCGGUUGGGCGUGAUCAGCAAUAUGAUGAAUGCUGCGAAUAUGAUGGUAGUUGAAUUGCCGAUGCAGGAGGCAGCAGAGAUUCUCCAGGCAUUGAAAGCAAAUGUGGAGGGCGCUGAGCGAACAGAGAGGGCCUACGAGGCAGCAAAAAGCCAGGGGCACCCAAACAUUGCAGCCGUUCGGCUUGAGGCCAUCGGUUCCAUGAAAUCAUACCUGGGAGGAGCGCGCGAUGCUCUAUUGCGUUUGGCAGCAAUGGCAAAAGCCCAUGGUGAGGCAUUGUACGGCCAUUGUUCUCAGAGGCUUUGCUUUACACCCGUCGAUCCUCUACGGAAGCCACUUGAGGAAGCCUUGGACUCCCUAUCGGUCAGUAUGGCUGUCGCAACGCUGGCCGCAGUGGGAAAUACUUCUAUGAAUCUGCAGGAACAGACUGAAGAUCAUUAUAGGCGCUUGAUGGGUGCACAGUUCAUAGACGAGUGUGAGGCGAAUGACUUUAUCCAGGCCUACGGUGCCGUUGCUGCCCUGAACUCCCGAAGGAGAACCUUGGAAGGUUUGGCUACUCUGGAUAGUGAAUUGAUUAACGAUAUUCUAGAUAUGCAGAAACUGCGUCUGACGUGGCGCAUCCAGGCUGACCGCAUCCCACUUGAAGUGGAUGCAAACUUAGUCUAUGGACUUCACUCAUUGUUGUCGGAGACUCGUCCAUCAUCUGCGGAGCAGCCAGCUUCUGGAAUAGCGGAAGCAGAUAUUCAAAGCAUCAAAGAUAUAUUUGCACAGCAGUCUGCGGAUGUGAGCGCUAUGGCUUCUGCGACGGACGUCGAGGGUGUUACAGCUGCGUACGAACGCGCAAAGUUGUCCAACCACAAAAUCAAAUUUGCUUUGGCACCGGUAAAAGAGAAGCUGUAUUUAACUUUGCAAGACAAGCCUUUGAACAAGCGAGAAGCCUCCGCUGCGUCUGAGAAGAUGGCGAAGAUUGCUGAGACAGCCGUAAAGGACAGCGAAGAUUUUUGGAGCGCUGCACAAAGUACCUUCGCAGACACUGGCGGUAAACCUGGAGAAGUGGGGCCCAAUUUUUCUAGCGGCAAAGCGUUCCUGCAAAAGUUGGCAACGAAGAUCAAGUCCGGUAGUGGUGAGCAAGUAGAGGCUGAUGCACACAUUGACAGCGCUAUGAUAACAGCCGCAAGAAGGUAUUUUACCGAGCCGUGGCGCCAAAUUGAAGGCACUGCAAAGGAAUUAUGGGUGAGGGCGCAAGAAUUACUCGGUUCGGCGAAGAAGACAAAAAAAUAUAAACUGGAUAAAGUAGGAUUGGGUUCCUCUGCGCUGGAUAAGAAGACGGCAUUGAGGGCCGAGGCAGUGGCGAAAAGAGCAGACGUAUUGAUGCUUCGGAAGCGAUGCCAGAUUCUUCUUAGGAUAGCAAAGGAAAUAGAAGGACUUGAGAGAACGAUAGGCCUUGUAUUUAUGUUUCCAUUCCGGGAAGCUGAAAGUGAAUGGACUGAGGUGGGACGCCUCAAGAGGCGAUUCGACACUGAAUUGAUAACAGUCAAGGACACUACAAACCAGGCAGAAAUACCUGAAUGCUUCGAGACGUUACUUCAGAGCACCUUGUCAAUGUGUGACAUGCUUGAAAGCGACCGGCUCGCGCAGCUACAGGACGCAGUACGCAAGCCACGCGCUAAUCUUCACGAUUUAGCGCUAGAGUAG